AUGAGCGGCACAGAAUCUUAUUCAUCAGAAGUUCGAGACUUUGAUUAUACUGAUAUAUUUCCCCAAUGUAAUGAAGAAUACAAUGAUGCUAAAAGGAGAUAUGAUAAUUUUUAUACUUCCCGUUUGGGACACGGGUGUCGAGGUUUUUGUGUACAAGUUGCAGGCUCAAAACCAUGGACAAGUUUGAAUGCAGAUUGCCUAGAACUUGGUAAAUAUCUGUAUCACAUAAAUUAUAAUUCCAGUAUUGAAAAAAAACGAAGUUGUAAAUAUUUAUUUUACAAGCUACUUCUAGAGAAAAAUUAUAAAAAACUUAAUUGCGAAUCUGUGAGUUUAUGCUUCAAUAAUAUGAAAACCCAUUUAGAAAAAGAAUUAUAUUUAAAAUCGAAAUCUUAUAAUUGCAGUAAUCAUUUUAAUAAUUUAGAUGUUAAAGCAUAUGGAGUGUUCGAUAUUCUGGACCAUCUAUAUAACUACAUUUAUAAAAUUAAAAAUAGUGGUAGGAUAUGCCAUAACAGUGAACGUGUAAGUUGUGACGGAUAUAUAAACACAUUAAAAUCUUGUGAAUAUAAGGAUGGAGAAAAUUUUAAAAAAUUACUAAAAAUUAUUGAAGCUGAAUAUGAAAAGUUGUGCCCCAAAACGGUUGUUCCUAUAGAUGUUAAACAUGAUACAUUACAUCACAAUUCUAUGACAGAAACAGAUGCAGAAACAGAGCUAAAAAUAACAGAAUUCGGAAGCUCAAGCAAAGCGUUAAAACCAGAAGUACGUCCAUUCAUAGGGAUAAUUAAACUACCUGAAGCAAGCCAACAUAAACUGAAAAGUGAAGACAUUAGCACAGGAUCAGUGAAUGGAAUAAGCACAAGCACAAUUGUUUUAAUGCCAUAUACAACUUAUUGUGUUUUAUUACAAAAGAGUGUAAAAAAAUCAAAGAGAUUGUUGAAUAAAGAUAAUAAAGAAUAUAUAAAUCUAAAGAAUUCAUAUGAAAAAUCAUACAAAAAUAUUACUGAUUAUAACUACCAAUUCAUGUAUUCCUCAGUAGACAGCUAA